GUCCUUGACCUUAUUGUAAUCUAAAAAAGAACAUAAACGUCCGGGGCUGACUCACUCGAAAGAUAGAGAUACCGUAUUGCACGUGUAGAGCUGGGGUCUGAUCCGGAUCCAGAUCGAGCUAUGCUGCAGUGACUAGACAGAAAGAUGCUGACACUCAACCUUUUGAACGUAAAGACUGUGCUGGUGGCCCUUACCGUUGGGCUGCUUGUCUACUUAAUCAGGAGGAGGUUCAUCUACCGGUUACCCCCGGGACCUUGGGCCAUCCCUCUGAUUGGAAACUUUGAAGUAUACACUAAACCUUUAGUGCACAGAGUUAUUCUACAACUGUCGAAGAAGUAUGGUCCAGUCAUUCAAUUUUAUUUCGGACCUAUCCCAACUGUCUUUCUAAACAACUAUGAGGUUGUGAUAGAAGCCUUGGUGAAGAGAAAGGCAGAUUUUGCUGGACGCCCGACUUCAGUAACAUUCUCUUUGAUCAGCGAGGGAUUCAAGGACAUAGCUCUGGCGUCCUACUCUCCUAUGUGGCAGUAUCACCGACGUGUAGCCAUCAAAGCUUUAAGAAAUUAUCUACAAGGAGACUUGCUUGAGAAACUUACACAAGAUAAUAUGACAAAAGUGAUGAACAUGAUGGCGGCAGAAAAGGGUCCCAUUGUAGUAAAAUCUCACAUGGACAAUAUAGUCUUCUACCAGCUUUUUACACUCUGUUUUGGAGAAAAAAAGGAGAUCGGCGACCCGGAUGUAGAGUUCCUGCUCCGAGAAAAAGACAGCGUGAACAAAGCUAUAGGAAACGGUCUCCGAGAGGAUUUGCUUCCGUUCCUAAAGGACGUGUACCCGUCCAGGCGUUACGUCAUCAUCAAGGAGGCGGUGGAUAGAGCGUUUUCAUUUAUGUAUAAACUCUUACACGAACACCAGGAAACGUUUGACCCAAAUAACAUCCGAGAUCUUACCGAUCAUCUUCUACUAGCAAGAUCCGAGGCGGAAAAAUCUGGAGACGACGAAUCAAUGGAGAAAUUAAAUGAUACUUAUCUUGUACAAACCAUUUCGGAUAUCUUUUUCGCUGGUGUAGAUACUACACGAAUGACCCUAGAAUGGUUCUUGUGCUUCAUAUCUGGUCUUCCGGAAAUACAGGCAAAAUGUCAGGCGGAGAUCGACGAAACAAUUGGUAGACGUUGUCCAUCCAUCGCCGACAGGCAGUCGCUGCCUUACACCGAGGCCUGCCUCUACGAGACAAUGAGGUUGGGAGUAAUAGCAGGCCUGGGUUUGCCACAUCUUACCAUCUGCGAUACACACGCUGGUGGGUACGACAUUCCAAAAGACACGGUUGUCCUAAUCAACCAUUUUGCGCUCCAUCGUGACCCUAAAUAUUGGAAAGAUCCCGAGAAAUUUGAUCCGCUCCGUUACUUGGAUGAAGAUGGUAAAAUGGAUCCUACAAAACUGGACAGUUGGCUACCAUUUUCUGCCGGGAGGAGGGUAUGUCUUGGAGAGUCUAUUGCAAAACCGGAAAUUUUAAUGAUGUGCGUCCAUCUUCUUCAACGGUUUAAAAUAUCACUACCGGAAGGCGUUAAACCGAACUUUGUAGGUGUGCAUCGUAAUGUUUUUGGAAGCGAAUGCCCCGCUGACUUACAAAUUGUCGUAAAGGAAAGAUCAAUUUAAAAGAUCAAUAGCAAACCUUUUUUAUGAUAAAUUGAGGUGCCUUCCUAUUUAUCAAAUUGCACUGUGGACUUUAGAACCAGCUGUUUCGUUUUAUUAAGUGAUUUUCUUUUAAUUAACUCAUGUAGGUUUUAUAGAGGAGAAAGGUGAUAUUUAUGAUGUAUUAUUAAUAAAUGAUAUGAAAUAAACGCUGCAGACGUCAAA